AUGUGGAGCUCUGGAGUGGUGGCACUAUUUUUCUCCUUGCUGAAGCCACCAAAUUCUGGAUCUUUUCCAACUUCAGGUGAAUUCAAGUGUUUGAUUCAACACAUGAACUCUGUAUCCAGAGCUCCCCUCCGUGUCUCGGUGCAGAUUACACACUCACCCACAGUACCUUCCCUUCCCCACACUGUACAGGGAAGAUUUGCAAGGGGGCUUCUACUCACGUGGCUUGAGCUUAUCCGGAUCCCUCAUCAUGUAGUAGGUUCUACUUGUGUUCACGCAAACAUGAGUAGAAAUCCCCUGCAGACCUUUCCAACUCAAUGUAGAGAAGAUUGGGGACUAAGUGCACAGGGUGAUGUGCAUAGGCAUGGUGGGGGUGGAAUUUGUGUGCACACUCCUGCUCCCAACCACGAGUACUGCAUUUGCAUGUUCAGGCAAACAUAGGAACGCAACUUCAAUAUUAGUGCUUAAGGAUCAAUGAUCCUGUGCAGCAGGGAGCAGAUGUGUUGUCUCUGUUGUCUUUACGGUGGCUACUGAAGUCCUUCCUGUUUCAAUAAGCCUUUUAAGAUGAGAUCUUUCUCAGUCUGUAUCUGCACUGGAAUGGUUUUUAAUACGCUUUUAUCAUUUUAUCACUUGUUAUUUUAUAUCCUGGGCUUCUUUGAGAGGAAGGGAGGAGGUGUACAUUUAAUUAAUAAAUGCAAUAAACUUGUGGCCCUCCAGAUGUUGCCAACAUGGCCAAUGGUUAGAGAUUAUGUAAAUUGUGUUUUACAUAAGUGGUUUGACUCCAGAUAUGGUUCAUCUAGAUAUUUAUCUAUGUUAUAAUAUUUUCAGUAUAUGCACUCACAUCACCUGAGCACCAGAAUUCAGACCUUUUAUGCUGUUCUGAUGCAUGAUUGUAAAACAGAGGACUGUGGGGACAAACAUGCUACUAGCUCCAUGCCUUGUCGCUAUUCUGGUUGCCCUACACAAGUUGGAGUCUGGCCCUGUACCUGCGGAGGCUCCUUGUACGUUUUGAACUCUGGAAAAUCAGGGCUCUGAGACGUGCCUUCACACUCAUGGAAAGUAACUGGAAUGGCAGUGGGGGUGGAGAUAGCAUGUGCUUCAUGUAUUUACUCAACCCAGAUAGUGAAUGCCUGAAGAGGACUAGUGUACCCAAUAAUGAUGCUAUUACAUCAGUUCAACUGCCUGGGGAAAAAAUACGCUGUCUCUAAUCACUCGUGUAAUUUAGGUUUGCAGAUUUCCAUGGUAAUACUGUGAAGGGGAGAGGAAAAUACAAAAGGUCCUAGUAAAAUUCUUCAUUUUUAUCCCAUAUAUCAGACAACAAGACAUUUUGAGAAAUAGCUCAGUGAUGCUUGACAAUGUACUGCUAUAGAAAUAGUAAAAUCCCGGUUACUGCUAUAGAAAUAAUAGAAGCAGGAGUUCAGUUUGGAGAUGUACCCUUAUCAUUUUUCCUCAGUGUUGUUUGGAGGUCUGUCAGUGACAUCCUGUAACCCAUUUUGUUACCUUCUCUCUGAAGAAUGAGAGAACAUGUCUGAGUCUGAAUGACAAAUUCCAGAUAUAUUAUUAUUCCUGACGUUUCCUUUCUAGGAAAGGAAGCCUCCCAAGACUAUGUACCAAGCAGUUAUUAACCAGAAGCUACAGGGCCUGAAGACUCUUUUAUAAAUAACUAUGUAAAGAGGUGAGAAACAUUCAUUGGGGUAAUUUACACUGUUCACCCAAUUCACCCUUCAAAAGUGCCAUUGCACAGAAACUAGCACCUCCGAUGUUGGCAAUGUCAAACACACGCACCCUUGGCUUCUCCACUUCUGUUUAUGUACGGUGGGUCGUGGGCCUGAUCUCACAGGUCACGAUAUGUUUCCCAAUAAAAAUUGUUCAUAUACCCAAAGCCUGAAGUGAAAGAAUUUUUACUAGAGCUGGCACCAUGGAAAGGGUAUGGAUGUUGACGGUAAACAAAUACUACUGCUGGCAGUGUGAAAGGGCAGCUUCUGUGGGAUUGCUCCCUCAGGAAUGCCAAGUGCUGUGUGGAUUAUCUAUACCAGCAGGGGUUAGGAAUUGAGUUGAGCAUUUUGCUGACGAAUUGCUUCAGCGCCUCCCCUAUUCUGAGCUCACUUUUCCCUUUGCAGCCUUUACACUAUGGGACUUCUGUCUCUUAAGUUGAUGUGGCUCCAUGUUAUCAUCAAGUCUAAACCAAAUUUGAGAAUCUGUUUUACAGAGGGUUUUAAAAAAACAAAACACAAAAAAAGCAAAAACAGGCAGGACCUUAUUUUGUCCCCUUUCUGCCGUAGUGUGGUUUGGAAUCUACAAUUGUCUAAUCUUGCAUUAAAAAACUAUGGCCUUGUUGGCAGCUCUGCAGAGCUGGAGUCUGCUUCGUUAGCUGUAUGUAGGAGUUGUGUGACAUAUGGGAAAGGGCUAGGACAGCCUACUUGCUAUUAUUAUUAUCAUUAUUUAUUAAAUUUGUAUACCGCCCUAUACCCUCAGUGGCCAUCACAGCAUCCCUAGAGGUGACCUGAAAGCUGUGUAGGAAAGCCUGAUCUAUUACAAUUGCAGUCUCUUCUUGCUAUGUUCUACCUUUAUUGUUGUUGUUUAGUCGUUUAGUCAUGUCCGACUCUUCGUGACCCCAUGGACCAGAGCACGCCAGGCACUCCUGUCUUCCACUGCCUCCCGCAGUUUGGUCAAACUCAUGCUGGUAGCUUUGAGAACACUAUCCAACCAUCUCGUCGUCUGUCGUCCCCUUCUCCUUGUGCCCUCCAUCUUUCCCAUCAGGUUCUUUUCCAACGAGUCUUCUCUUCUCAUGAGGUGGCCAAAGUAUUGGAGCCUUAGCCUCAGGACCUGUCCUUCCAGUGAGCACUCAGGACUGAUUUCCUUAAGAGUGGAGAGGUUUGAGCUUCUUGCAGUCCAUGGGACUCUCAAGAGUCUCCUCCAGCACCAUAAUUAAAAAGCAUCAAUUCUCUGGCGAUCAGCCUUCUUUAUGGUCCAGCUCUCACUUCCAUACAUCACUACUGAGAAAACCAUAGCUUUAACUAUACGGACCUUUGUCGGCAAGGUGAUGUCUCUGCUUUUUAAGAUGCUGUCUAGGUUUGUCUAGGUUUGUUCUACCUUAAGAACACCUUAAAAACCAGUGCAAAAUUUAUGGUUUUAAAAGAAAACCAUAAACAGCUGAGGAAAAAAGCCCUGGGGAUACAUCUGGCUAUUUUAGGUAUGCCCAUGAUUUAGGCUUCCCUUAGUGUUGCCUCAGUUUCAAAAGCAUAAGCACAAAAUCCUGUUGAGGGUGAGGAGCUAAGUUGGAUUGGUAUGGAGACAAAAUUUGAUUGCGCUUAAAGGUGAACUUAUCUAAUUCCCACUUUCUGAAACAAUGUGCAAAUUGAAAUGCACUCAUUUUUUUGAAAUUUGCACUUCUCCGAAUUUUGCAAUGCAGUUCUCUAGCCAAGUGUACAAAAAUGCAUUCACCAAACUGUGCAUAUAAGUGCAUAUAUUAAUGAGAGUAACAUACAAUAUGCUUUAUAUUUUGGAAAAUUGCUUUGCAAAAUUGUGUGCAUUAAGCAAAACUACAUACCCAAAAGUGUCUGUUAGAAGAAAUCCACACUAAAAUGCUGCUGAGUUCUCAUGAGGACUUUUUUAAAAGUGCACACUGAUAUGGAAAUGUGGAGGACUGAGUUUAAAACUGGGAGUGGGGGAAUGAGAAUUGCUGCCUCUUGUCAAUUUUUAUCUCUUCCUGUAGCUAAUGACAUCAUCCAAAUGAAGCACCUUUUUAAUGUGGCAGGGGAUUCAUUUCAUGAAGAGCGAGCUGAACUUUUUUUUUGAGACCCCUCAGGGACUGAAGGGCGCUGUCCAAGAUUUCCAUGGACUCUCUGGAUACAGGAUAGGCCUCGCUUGAACAUAAAUGUGUCAUCAGCCGUACCUCCUUCUGCAAUUCUUGCACCGUUUCCUUUCCUGGUCCCAUCAGGAAUAGGCGACUGGGCUGCAAAUUGGGCAUGUUCCCCUCAAAGUAGAAAACAGUUGCUAGAUGGAAAGAUGGAAGUUCAAGGUUGCAGAGUGUAAAAUGAGAUAUGCCUGGGAAAAAUUAUGCUGAAUGAAUCUAAAAAGCACAUGACUUGGCCUAAGGAAUGGGAGAUUAUCCAUUCACUGUCAUGAAGAUAAACAUGUCACAGACGGUCCUUUGGACCAUCUGGGGACACCUGAUCUGCCAAUAAAAGAGAUUGACAGGAGCCUGCUGGGCUUCAUUAAUGCCCAAGGCGGAAAACUGUUUGCUGCCCAUUAUCUUCGCUUCAAAGGCGUGGAUUUGCACCAGUCAAAAAUGGACAACAAAAAGGAGACCAACAUUAUUCUCCUGUUUUGUCUUUCUCAUGGGUUGAUUUAUACCUCCUGGCCUAUUAAUCAACUUCGACAUCUUAAGCAUCCACCACAGCCUCCACACAUUUACUGAAGCCACCUGUACUUUGUAGCCUGCCAAACAAAUAAUUACUUUUAUAGUACCUGUUCCAUCCUAAUUUCUACUCUGCUUCAUAUCUAUAUUGCUGUCAGAUCCCUGCACACUACUUAAUUUUCUGUCUUUUUCUGUGUCCCUAGGGAUUAAUCUUGCGGUCAGGAUGCUGUUCAGGCCAACAGAGUAGGUUGCAAAUUAGUUCAUCCAGGUUGUGUUUAAGAUUGGUUUUCUUUAUUUUAUUAUUAUUAAAUUGGACAGGCCUGAGUCAAUUGCUUCCACUGGCAAAAGGCCAAGCUACAUGUACAUACCAGAUAGCCUUUACUCUUAAUCGCUGUCUCCUGGCAAGCUCCAAAAGGUGAAGCAGCUUCUCUUCCUAUCAGUCUAAGAUUUCUUAGACCACAGUAGUAGGGAAAGUGUUUCUUUACAUUCACACAUGGGAGCGGAUUCUGCAGUCAGGUUUGGGCUAGAUUAGAAUAAAAUGCUUCCUGGAAGAAUCCCAGUAGACAAUCAUUUCCUGUUACGUUGUGGUCUUUCUUUCUCCCUCCCAGCUAUAAACAGCCAUACAUAACAUGUUGUGUAAGGAAUACUGCAUUUUUUAUUUUUGACAACCGGAGCAGUUAAGAAAUCAUUUGUUUAUUUAUUACUUGGGGGGGGGGAGCAGAGAAUAAAUAUGAAAUAGAAUGUAAUACUGUGUUGCCUGAACGUAGUUUUCUAAGGACUUCAGCUCAUACUUGAUCUACAUAUAGAGAAGAAUGAAAGUGGUCCAGUAAUUAAAAGGUGGCAGACUGGACUGAACUAUUCUAGGUUGCAAGAGGAGUCACAAUUUUUAUAAUGUUUUCCCAUGUUGUUGUUGUUUUAAAAUCCUUACAAAUAAAAUACAACAGGGAGAUACUAGCCCAUUUUACUUCUUUUUUAAAAAAAAUAAUAUUUAUUGCUUUUUAUACCUUACAAAAAGAAAAAAAGAAAAGAAGAAAAGAAGAAAAAAAGCAAAAGAGAAAACAAUACAAUACAAUAUAUAAACAAUACAGAACGCAACAUUAACAUUAACACAUUAAACAAAACAAAAGCAAAAACAAUUCAAAAAACACACAUCAUACCAUCUCAAUAUCCUCUCUUUCAUUCCCUUGUUUCAUCGACCUCCUCUCACCUCCCUUUUUGUAUUCCAUUUCUAUUAAUUGUUUCAGCAAAUACUUUCCAUCUUUCUCUAUUUUCUGUCAUGUAAUUAUCUUAACAUAUUUUAACCUUAUUUUCCAUUAAUACUAUAAUACUUAUUUAUACUUAAUUCCUUAAAAUAUUUCUACUAAAGCCGUAUAAUUCCCUUCCAACAUUUUUCUAACACUCAUUAAUUUUACAUUAUUUCCAUAUAUAGAUUUUAAACUUUUUCCAAUAUUCUUCCACCGUCUCUUCUCCCUGGUCUCGGGUUCUGCCAGUCAUUUCCGUCAAUUCCAUAUAGCCCAUCAACCUGGUGAUCUUCUGUCCGAGGCUCUUAACUCUUUUCCAGGUCCCUUCUGCAAGUCUUCUUCAUGUUUAUACAUGCACUUUACUUUGUCUUCUCCUGAUCUUGUUCUUAUUUUCCUUCCUUUGAUGCUGAAAAGUAGAUCUCCGGGAAAUUCCCAUCUAGCAAUGUUUUUAUUCCUUCUCGACAAAUCAGCCAAAUCUCCAUAGUUAGAACUGAAAUUCAAAAGAUAUUUCCAGUCGUGUUUCAAAGUUCCUCCAAGUCUGGCAGUCCCCACAACUCCAGUCUCCUUCUGACCCAAGUCCAGGUCCCAAAGGUCAAUCUCCAGUCCAAGCAGGGCUCCAAUCCUAAAAGUCUGACUUUCUCUAAAUUCAGUCUUGGAAGGCAUCAACUUAUAAUCAUCAAAUUGCAACUGUAAGGCUGGAGCUCUCUCCCUCACCACUUGUGCUACUUUAGGUUCCACAGCAAAAACUUUCUCCCCCGCCUUCUCCUCAAUUUGCCAUGUCAAAAUUGAUCCCUGUAUCGAUUCCUGAAUAAUUUCUGUAUUAAUAUUGACUUUUUGUGCCAAAUUAGUCACUUUUUGUUCCAAGUUAUCAAUUUUUAUAGUCCUCGCAUCCGUCUUCUUAUAAAGCUGUUCCAGUGAAUCAUUAAUCUUACAAAAUGCAACCACCAAGGCUUCUUUUGUCAACAUUCUUAACGAUUCAAGGUCAAUCCCAGAUUCUCACAGUUUUAUCUUGCCGGUGGAAAAUUCCCCCAGCUCAGCUCUUGUAACAAUUUCAAAGGCUUCCUCUAGGGGGAAACAAUUUCUAUUUGUAUCAAUCCUUUUUUAAGCACAGUUCAAACAAUAAAGUUAGUUUCAAUUUUCAGUUACUUUUACUCCUUUUUAAACGCAGAAGAAGACAAUGGAAACAAUGUAUUUCUCUUCAUUAACUUACUGUCAGCAGACGAUCUAUUCACAGUCAAUGAGCAUAUCCGAAACUUCAAUCUUUACUAGCAGCCCGUUUCCAGGUUCAGAGCGGUGGUAAUUUGACUUUCUUCACUCUCUCCUGCAGGCUUACGCGAUCUUAAAUUUCCCCCCUCUUCUCCUGCUUCCAAGGGGGGUUUGAUGGUUUAACUGAUGGAAGUUUAAUCCUUUAUGUGAGACUUUCCAAGGCUUUAGCUUGCAGCCUCUUUGCUUCAAUCUAUUUACAAAAGGGGGAGGCGGACUUCCUGUUUGAAACCUCCCCGUUUCGGUGCCAAAUUAAGACGUUUAAAAAUUCAAUUUUCCGUUCUACUCAUGGGUAGUUGUUUUAAGAUCAAAUUGUCUACAGGAAAAAGUCAGCGCUCUCCUGCAACAGCAAUGGGGCUUCACUCCAUGAAAGAAGCAGUCGAUUCGAAGCACCACACCAUUCACCCCACGUCGCUCCGGAUCCCCGAAACCGGGUUUCCCCGCGAGUAGGGGAGGCGCAAAAGGUGCCAGCCGAAUCCCACGUCCACAAGCUUCUCCCGCCUGUGGUUUUUAGUGGGGCCAGACCCUGAUUUCCACGGAGCGGAUUCCUCCCGAUCAGAGGAAUUCCUCCAUUGCUGGAGGCGCUAACCUGGAAGUCUAGCCCAUUUUACUUCUUGCUCUGCUAGUUUAUUCGUUGUGGGGAGCCUUUUAUAUUUAAAAGGUUGAAUUCACCAGCAGUCUGAAAUGAUAUGUCAGCUCAGGAUUCUUAGACCACUGGUUGUCUUCCAGUGGUCAGUUCAGAGUACCUGUUUAGCUAUACAGGUGACUCCCCACUUACCGUAUUUUUCGCUCCAUAAGAUGCACCUGACCAUAAGACUCACCUAAUUUUUAGAGGGGGAAUGCAAGAAAAAAAUAUUCUUUAAAGGGAGCGCUGAACAGAGCCUGUAUGCAUCCCAGGCUCUGCUCAGCGCUCCCUUUCACGAGCUGCGUGGAGCGUGUGUGCGGUGCUUGCAGGCUUUUCCCCGAGGAGGGAGAAGAGCAGCCCGUCACUGACGGGCUGCCCUUUUCCCUCCUGGGGAAAAGCCCCCAAGAGCCACACACAUGCUCCGCGCGGCUCUUUAAAAGAAGCACGGCUCUUGGGGGCUUUUCCAGGAGGUGGGGGAAGGGACAGAGGGGCUAAGCCAGAAGCUAGAACAGCAAGAAGGAGCGCUGCGCAGCGAUCCCUCUCACUGUUCUGGCUUCUGGGAUAGCCGCGCAGCCAGCAUUCACUCCAUAACACACACACACACAUUUCCCCUGACUUUUUAGGAGGGAAAAAGUGCAUCUUAUAGAGCGAAAAAUACGUUCCAGGCCCCCAUGCACUUAAGUAAAAUGUGGAAGUGGGGAGCCCGCUGCAGUACAUUCAGCUUCCCGCCCAACAGCUGUUGAGCAGGGUAGCAUGGCAGCAGCGAGACCUCUCAUGCCCUUUAAAUGUGAACUAAAUCGUAUUUCUCACCCAUCCCUAGUCAUGGCUGCCUUUCUCUCUCUCUGGAAUUUGUAUUGUUGUACUGUGAUGAGUGCUUACAUAGUUAUGACAAUGCCUGUUGGGACAAAUAAUAGUAAACUAUGCCAAGUGUAAAAGAUUAAGAGCCAAUUCAUACAGCCAUUAGACAUGAGAUUACAAAAUACUGGUUUUGCCUGUGGCUCAGAUGCUGCCUGGUAUACAUGAUUAAGCUUUCACAUCACCGUUUUAGAUAUCUUUUGAGGGUUUGCUGUGGUGUUCAAGACAUUUAAGUGGGAUGUGGGUGGCACUGUGGUCUAAACCACUGAGCCCCUUGGGCUUGCUGAUCAUAAGUUUGGCGGUUCGAAUCCCCGCCACGGGGUGAGCUCCCAUUGUUCUGUCCCAGCUUCUGCCAACCUAGCAGUUCGAAAGCAUGCCAGUGCAAGUAGAUAAAUAGGUACCGCUGCGACUGGAAGGUAAAUGGUGUUUCCGUGUGCUCUGGUUUCCGUCACGGUGUUCCGAAAGCUGUUUGCAGACAAACACCGGCUCCCUCAGCCUGAAAGCAAGGUGAGCGCCACAACCCCAUAGUCACAUUUGACUGGACUUAACUAUCCAGGGGUCCUUUACCUUUACCUAUCUUUCAAGACAUUUAAUCCUACAUAUAGAUGGGUCACACACUUCAGCUGCAUUUCAUAGUUUCUGACAGAAGCGGAUGAGAAAGAGAUUGCAGAUGCCUCAGAUCAGUAGAGACUUGUCAUAAACAACGAGUGUGAGCAUGCCUUUCAUUAAUUCAGUUUCUUCCCUCAUGGGGCAAGACCUUUCUUUAUUCUCUGAGCGCCUUAGAGGAGCAGACUAUACAUUUAGCCUUCCAGUAGCCUCAUAGAUGAAAAGAGACAACAUCGUUCUCCAACUUUUUCUUUUUUAUUCCAGCUCCUUUGGCCAUUUCCAAGCAAAGGAACACGGCAUUGCCUCGGGGACAUCAGCAAGAUCAGCUGAUGAUGACAAUUUGAGAUGUGGGCUGUGUCUGACCAGGCUUUCUGUCACCAAGGUAAUCUGCAACCGGUAUCCAACAGCUUCAUUCAGCAGCCUUGUAAAUGUUCUCAGAUCGCCUGUCCACCCCUGUGCUAUGCUGCAGCUCCUGCUGGGGCCCUGAGGCAAAUGGACGAGACGAGAGAUCGUGUGGUAGUCAAGUUGUAAAACAAGAUAAGAUUUCACAAAGCAAAUGAAAUCAGUUACUGUCAAAUGUGCUGCUAGGAGUAUGUUUCAACAUUCGGUGCACAUAGCUGAGUGCGAUCUGAAGAGAAACCAGAGUAUCGUGCACAUGGCUGAUAGCUAGUUUCUUUAAUGCAGAACAGAUCUGCUCAUUCAUGGUGGUUUAUAGAGAUAAACAGCUCUUGCUCUCUUCUCCCAAACUUUUCUACUAAUCUCUUACAAGGAACAACAGAGGGUGAAAUCUACCUGUUCUCCCACUGUUCCGUUAAUAGCCCAGUGCUCUCUGGAUCAACAUGUACUUGAACUAAGAGAGAGAAAUCUGAAUCUGAAGCUCUGUGCUAAUGGGGAGUCUACGACUUUACAGCAAAGUUGAUCUGUUGUUCCCUUCUUGGGCUAAUUUGAGCUCAGCUCUAUGACCUGUGGAUUGCAAAUUCAAGCCAGCCUCUUAUUCAGAAGUAAUUCCUACCCUACUACGCCUUUGUGGUGCAAGUCCAUCCCUUCCAGUAUGUUUCUGCCUUUCAAAUGCAUGGAGAGUAAUAAUGAUACCAAGCCACUUCUCUGAGGGUGCCUCCUGUAUUUUUCAGGUGGGAUUCACACACAUCUUGGUACUUUAGGUUUGUGCAGUUAAAGGAGAUUAAUGUUCAAUAAACAAAUAGUAGUGUUGUACAACUCACUGUCCAGGACUUACAAAGAUCACUUUAAUAAUACAUACGAAUGAUGAUGGGGAUUCAGUUUACAUUUAACGGUGAACCUAUCCAAUUCACACUUUCCAAAUCAAUAUGAAAAUAAAAACACAGCCAUCCUUCAAAAUUUGCACUUUUUCAAAUUUUGCACUACAAUUCUGGAAUGAAAAGAUGCUUACAAAAUUGCAUCUGUUAGGGUAAAAUGUGCAUAAAAUGCAUUCAUUAGUGAAAAUGGCAUACAAAAAUGCAUUAUAUUAGCGGAAAUUGCUCUGCAAAAAUGUGUUUGGGGCAAAACUGCAUACAAAAAUGUGUAUAUUGUGAGAAAUUUAUACCACAAUGCUAAUGAAUUUUCAUGAAGACUUAAAAAAAUAAUAAUCACAAAUUGAUGUGAAAAUGUGGGGAACUGAACUUAAGACUGAAAAACUGAGAAAUGGAAAGAAACUAAAAUGGAUAGAAUUCCCCUUGCCUGCUUGCCAAGUACUUUGUCCCUUACCCUCAAAUAAUAGAGAAGGAACACUGAAAUUUAACAGAUUCCAGAAAUCCUGGUUCUGUGCAGAGUUUCAGCAUUGUCCUUUUUUGGACUGCAAAAACAAACACAUUUCCAGCUCCAAAAGCAGGAAAAGAUGUCAGGGGUGGUGCUGAAUGAUAACUCCAUUCGGAACCAUUGCAUCAUAUCAUAGCAGUGAUGCUACUUUGACUGGAGUCCAAGGUGUCUGCAGCCUGGAGCAAUUGCUCACUGUCCAGCCUCAGACAAACAUUCCAGGGGAAUCUAAUGCCUGUACCUGGCAUGGCUCCUCCCGUGCCAUAAAUGGUUACAUUACAUUCAAGCUGGCAUUAAAGAGCAGGGCUGAAACCUCAUCCAUCCAAGACCCAAAUUGGCUUAGCAUGUGUGCAGGAUAUCAGAGAUCGCUAAGCCAUCUUGAAGUCUAUUUACUUUCAGACAAAGGCUAGAGAACAAGCUCCCUGCUUCCUUGAAACUCGCCUGUAGGCAUUCUGUGGUUUCUUUGAUAUGUAAUGUAACAAAAGGCAAUUCUAAUUGUGUUGGAAACGAGAGCAUCCAAACAUAGGUCCUGAAGCAUGGGUCAUUCUGGCACUAACUGUGGUUGUUGGUGCCACUUCUGGACAGGGGCAGGGGAGCCCAUAGACCUGGCAUAGAAUCAGAUCAAUGCUGUGGUGCGCCCCUCCAGCUCAGAAAUUUAGAGGCAACCCCCUCUCCCCAGUGCAUUGUGAAUGUGUGCCUAAUUACUGUAGUGUUUUUGCCUUUUGGCACACUUAGAAAAAGUAUGUGAUGUCAUUGGUGCCAAAAAACAUCCUUUGUGCUCAAAGAAAAGAAAAUGCUAAAUUAAAACCAGGAUAUCCGCAGUUAUUGGAUAUCCCUGCUAUUGGCUAUUAGAACAAUCUCCUGCAUGUCCAGGUGUGAGAACAGUUUAAGAACAGCACUGCAUACCAGGUAAGGUGAUAUGCUGUUCUGUGUGAAGGAUCUGAAGCAAGACCUAAGAAACAUACUUUUUGCUUUCCUGCUUCCCACCGCUGCCACCACCUCUUUAGCCGGCCCAGCCUUUGUUAUCCAAGAAUACUGUUACAGAACUCAUUUUGUAAACUGAGUACAGGAAACUGAGAUAGGAAAGCUUUUGGGGUUUCAAAGUCACUCUUUUGCUUCUCACAGUUAAACCAUCUGGUGACAGAAGAACUGGUAAGCCAUGGAAUUCCAGCUGUGGGCAUUUCGGUAAGGGCACCUGUUGUUUCUCCUUUCUUAGGUUAUUCUGUUUUUCUAGGGCAAGAGUGGGCAAAAAAUAAUAAUAAAAUGGUCCAGAGGGAAAUUCUCCCAGUCUAACCUGUUGAGAGGUGCAUCUCCUUUUGGAGCCAGAGAUAAAAGUGUUUGAAAUUAAUUAAUCUGGAAUAAACACUGCCCUGCUUCAGUUUUAACGAUAGCUACCUCCUAUUAGAAUUCCCAACCCUAUGCAUGCCUACAUUUUUGUGUUUGGUGAGGUUUCUCUUGAGUAGGUAUGCAGAUAUAUUUAGUACAAUAGACAAAUGCAGCUACUAUUCUGAAAAAGAAGCGGAAGCAAUUCCUUUCUGACUUUCGUGUGCCACACACACGACAGAAGUCUACCAAUUUGUUCUUGAACAACAGGGCAAAGAACAUACUGGGUGCUAUCCAACGAACUCAUUCUGUCAGUGUAAGUAUUUCCAUUUGUGCAAUGGAACUUCCUGCCUCAUCCCCUCCCCUGGUACUCCCUGACUCUUUUCCAGAGGGUUCCCCAAACCUCUGGAGCUGAUUUGGUGGGGGUGCACAGGGGGGGGAGAGGGGAAAGUUGUGUUGUGCAAGUGGAAACCCUUGUGCAGACGGAACAAGUUCAUUGGAUACAGCCCAGCUUCCCCAAGCCAUACAGUUAAGAAAAAAGUAACAAAAAUCAAAUCAUUUUUAUCCAAUAAAAUACUGUUACUUAGAAACUGGGAGGGAAUAUUUCUAAAAGACGAGAGAGAGAGAGAGAGAGAGAGAGAGAGAGAGAGAGAGAGAGGAAAUGAUUUAAAAGGGAUUGAACUCCAAUGAGAUGGCAGCUUUAGGCGGCUCCAGUUCCCGGGACCUCAUAAAAUGAGGUUGAGGUUGAGUAGAAGAAAAGAAUGGCAAGGACAUUUGAGUGGAUGGGAGGAAUUGGGAAGUUGUCCUAGACUGAGGAGUGUUUAUGGUCAUGUACAGGUCUGCUGUACAUCAACUGUUGACUUUUCACAAUGCAUGUUGAACCUAUUAAAGAACUUAAUUGAAUGUAAUCAUUUUUAACUCAUUAAUUAAUUAAAUUUAAAUAUAUUUGUAUCUUACUGAUAUCUAUAUACUUGUCUUUUGAGAUAUCCAUGUGUUAAGACAAUUUACAAUUUAAUAAACAAGUGCUACCAGUCAGGAACGUGGCCCCCCAGAGCACAGCUCUGGUCAGCCUCAGUAAUUGAGCUAAGCAAGCAAGGGGCCGACUCUGCAGAGGAAAGCUGUUUUUCAGAGUUUAGAGAGGACAGCCCAGCUCCCCUCAUUCCCAGGGAAGAAGCUGUUAGCUCCCAAGGAGAGGAAGAGUUGGAAGUUGGCCCGAGCAUUGCCAGGCAACUAGCAGAUAAACCAGAGUCUGAGGCUGUGUCUUCUGGGAGUGGGGAGGAGACGGGCCAGUCGUUCAGUCCCCGUACUAGGAGGCUGGAGAAGCUCAGAGAAGAAAGGAGAGGAAAGGCGGGAUUUUGGCAUUCUUCCUGUUGUGGGAGGGACAAUGAGUCAGACUGAGCAACUACUGUUAAUGAGAGCACACGGGAGGCUGUGCUCUGGAUGUGAUUUUUCUUGUAAAUAAACUUGCAUAAAACUGACAGAGAGUUGUUACUGCUUAUCAGACUGCUUGCCUGCCAGAGAUCAUUACAGCAUCAUUCAGUGUUAGAAAGUAAGGGAAUUUAUUUUUAAAAAUCCCUUUUCAUGCCCUGUUAUGGAAACAUACAGGAAUCAAAGCAGCCCCAAAAGCAAAGAGUAAGAUAUAACGUACCAUGAGCUGGUGUCAGUUAAUGCCUGCAGCCAGCUGCCCCCCUACCCUCCAUUCCAAAUUCUCUGGAAAGUUGAAGAACCUAUGGAGCAAAUUUCAAGGACUUGGGGACAGGAGGAGAAAAGAGAAACCAGAAUUUCUGUGGCAUAAGCCAAUGUCUGUUACACAAGCCAUUGCGUACCACCCCAAAGUGCAUGUAGCCUUAAUUAGCAACUUUUCAUAUUCCUUGAUUCAUUAGUAGUCAGCAGUAUUGGCAUUGCAAAAUGACUUUUCCAUUGCAUUUGUAACAGUUUGAUGUUAGAUGCAGUUAAUCUAAUCGUUGUAUUAUAUAUUGAUUGGCACCUGAAGUGCUGGAUCAUAGGAAACAGCUUGGGGGAAAAUGGCUGUCUUGAAUGACAGAGACAAGCAGCAUUGUUUGCCUUUGUUGUCUUUCUCCCACAGCCUUUUGGAACCUGGAAAACAUCAUGCAAGAAUGUCAUCCAGGCUGGUUUCGAUACAGUGAAGGAUGUUUUAGACUCGGGCUAUGUCCCCGUUUUACAUGGUGAUUGUGCUCUGGACUCGGAGCAGCACUGCUGCAUCUUAUCUGGAGAUAAAAUCAUUGAGGUGAGAGAUGAGUUCAAUUUCAUGCAUACCAAUAUGUAAAUAGCACUGUGUUUAUCCUUAAUAGGUCAUUCCCAUCUUUGUCAGGUAGUUCAGCUGGCAGCUAGGGAUGGGGAAGACAUUUGAUUCAAUGUGCUUCUAAUGGUGAACCUAUCACUUUCCAAAACCAUAUGCAAACCGAAACACAGCCAUCCUCUGAAAUUUGUACUUCUCUGAAUUUUGCAAUGCAGUUCUCCAGCCAAGGAAUGUGUACAAAAAUGCAUUGCUAAGGCAACAUAUGCCCAAAAGCCCAUAUUUGUGAAAAUAACAUACAAAUGCAUUGCCUUGGGGGAAUAAAAAUGUGCAUAGUAUGCAAAAUUACAUAUAAAUUUAUUAUGGUAUAAGCGUCUGUGGACUAUGGUCCACUGCACUAAAUGCAGCAAACUGUGGUCCUCCAAAACCUAUGCCACAAUACAUUGGUUAGUCUUUAAUGUGCUAUAAGUCUCUUUCUUGUUUUCAUUAACAAGCACCCCUAAACUGAUCAUUUACAUUCUACAAGUUGUAUAUAAUUUUCCAUGUCACUUUUGUAACUGUGCAUAAAUAUUUUGUAUGAACAUCAGGAAAUAGUUUUAAAGAAAUUAUUGCCUAAGCUGCAGGGAGGUUUUGCUGUUAUUAUUCUCUCUCUUCCUCUGAAGUAAACAAAUUCUCAUAGUACAUUUUCUGCAUUUUCAGAUACAAGGUUAAUAUAAGAGGUGGCCCUCAGAUUUUAAGUUGCACAAUUAGAACAGAACCAUAGUUCCAUGGUAGAUCACAUGCUUUGAAUACAGAAGGUCCUUGGUUUCCUUUCUGUCAUCUGAGGACUGAGAAAGGCUACUUUUUGAGUUACUGAGAGAUGCUGCCCAGUGAGAGCAGAAUCCAACUCAGCUAGAUAGACCUGACUCAACAUAAGGCAGAUUUACAUGGUCCUGUUCAAUUUUUCCUCUUGCAGGUUCUCGCUAAGAAAUUCUCUCCUAGGCGAGUUGUGUUUCUCACAGAUGUCAGUGGAAUUUACAGCUGUCCACCUGAUACCCCAGGUACAGAAUAUACAUGUAUAAAAUAGGACAAUUUAUUUUGCACAGGUGUGAAGUAUUGGCAGGAAGGGUAAAUCUAGCCAGUAUCCAGACCAGCAUGAAGAACUAGUGAUUGAACUAUGCAAUUUGUAAUAAGCAUAACCAUAAUUAUUCAUGCCAUCUUGUCUUGAAGUAUUUAUGUUCUACAUAUAUCUUUCAGCAGAUUUGACAUGCUCUUUCUGAGCAUAGGCAUCUAGAAGGGUUGUGAGAAAGAGAGUAUUUUCUGUGGUGUUUUGAAAGGGCAGUGGGAGUAUUAAAGAGAAUCCAGGAAACAUAUAUAAUAGGCACCAUAUUUGCACAUGUCUUUAGACAGAUGUGUGACUUGAGAGAGUACAAUCAUGCCCUUAUAGAGUAACAAGAUGGUACCUUAAGUGAUUUGCAGAGUCAUUAAAGAAAGCUGGGGGGCAGUUUGGACCUCCAAAUUUCUGUGUGAUCUUCCUAACCAUUAUGUCAUCCAGGCUUCCUCCUUUGGCACAGGGAAAUGACACAUGGAUUAAACUAACUGUUUCCAUGUUGCAGUGUCUUUAUGCUUUGGGGUCGACUUUUUCAUGUUGUGUUUUGAAACAUAUAUCCUUCUGGUAGCAAUUUUGAACCAUGUGUUUAUUUUGGAAAAGGUGCUAGGCUUCUGGAUUCCAUUGUCGUCGGCCCUGAUGGAAAUAUGGAGCCACCUGUGAUCAGUUCUGUGCUGCCACAUGAUACUACUGGAGGUGUGUCCUUGAAGCUGCAAACUGCUGUAAAUAUCGUUUCCCAGAGUCACGGAACCAUUCCAGUUCUGAUCUGCAAACUGGACAGUGAAGCAGCUGAAAGGGCUUGUUUGACUGGGGAGCUGAAGCAAGGCGAAGGCACAACAUUUUCCUUCGCAAAAUCAUGAAGACAUCUCUGCAUGAGCCUUAAAUGGGGUGGAAGCAGAAUUUAACAGAGGUGCUACCAUUGGACUUCAGGAUCUAUUUGUUGUACUUGUCAUAGUCGAUGUCAGAUAUCGCAAAUUAAAUCUGUGAUCCACUGAUAAUGUAUUAGCAUUGAAUGAUGGCACAUCUUCUACUGUGGCUAAAUAUUGUUUUCCGUGUCAGUGACCUCAGUGUUCAAAAUGGUUUACAAUUAUGUGACUGCACAAGCCUCGGUGGACUUAGGUUGCACUCAGAAAUUGUAUUCACUGUUUUAGUUUUAGCCAUUUCUGACAUUCCUUUCACACUUCAGUACCUAUAUACUGCUGGGUUGCACUCACUCUUGUUCAUAGCAGAAGGUACUACAGUGUGAAAGGAAUGUUAGAAAUUGGGAUUGCUGCCUCCCCUCAACAGCUGUUGAGGGGAGGGUGCAAUCCUGAGGGGUGUGAUGCUCCACAAGCGACUUUCCGAAAGGAUCCAAUGCACAGCCCUACAGAAAACUCCCACGAUUUUCUGGAUUUCCGGGACAGCAAGCGGAUUUUUUAAAAUAGCAAAUAUCACAGAAACAAGUGCUGAACUUGCUCUAGAUUUUCCUGGAUUUCUGGAAGUGGCUUUUACAUCAUGCGAAAGUUCAGAUAUAAUGUGGAAAGUAACAGGGGGACGUCAGGUGAACAGAAUGAACUGGCCUGUGAAUGCAGCCUUAGAGAUGGAGAUCCCUUGUUGAUUUGUUAUCCCAUAUCCAAAUAAACUCUCCUUUCUACUCUCCAUUCUGGAUUGAUGCGAGGGAGUUCAUCAAAAUAAUAAGCCAAUUUAUAUAUAUAGCAUACUAUAAUAAAGAUAAAAAUUGGCAGCAUAAUAACAGUUCCAGAUAGCCAAAAUAGGAAUAAAAAGCAUAUUAACAUUGAAAACAGAUUAAGAUAAUGAUGGUGUUUAGUCACAACAAUAAUAAUUAGUAGUCACAUUUAUAUUCCACCCUUCCUUCAAGGAUGCAAGAUAGCAUUCAUGGCAAUUAUCCUGUUUUCACCUCAUGAGUAUCGUGUGAAGUAGUUUAGGCUGAGAAGGAAAGGAAGAAUGUCUUUGUCUUGGCCAGGAUCACCCAGUGAGGUUCCUGGCCAUGCAAGGAUUCAAGCACAAGUUUCUCUGGUCCGUGUCCAACACUCUUGUUUCCACUACACCAUACUGCCUCUCCAUUUAGUACUGGAAGGACCUUAGCUGUGUGAAGAGCCUGAACUCAGAUUACGGUUUCUACCAAAAGCAUUAAUGCUCUAAUCAGCACAAUACAUAAGCAAAGCAAGAGUCAAAGGCACAACAGGGGCAAGGCUGAGACAUUGAUCUAACAGUUGAUAUGCCCCUGGAACCCUGUUAUAUAAAUUAUUAUUAUUAGGGAAGUUUUUAAUGUCUGAUGCUGUAUUGUUUUUAAUAUUUGGUUGGAAGCCACCCAGAGUGGCUGGGGAAACCCAGCCAGAUGGGCGGGGUAUAAAUAAAUAAUUAUUAUAAAUUAUUAUUAUUAUUAUUAUGGAAUGGAGCAGGUAUAGCAUUAGCACAGCCAGCAGGGUGCAUAUUCGGUCUGAGGAAGCAAACAGGAACUCCUUCUUAUGUGUCUGUGUUGUCUGUUCAUGCCAGCAGUGGUUUCUCCCAUGUCCUAGAUGGCAGAGGAGGAGAGAGGACCAGCUUGGAAUUGGCCUUGAUAGCUGAUGUUUCCUUUAGAGUUGGAGGCUUACCUGCGGGAGCUGAAUGGAACGAGAUUCCGGCUACACAGGAGGCAGUGUUGUGGCUAGGGGUUGGACUGGUAUGGGUUGAUGAAAUAACAGCCCACUAGGUUCCACCCUGGGGUCAGAGUCCUCACCUGCCUCAUUCUCCCUGGUUCCUGAGAUCAAGAAGCAGUUUUUCAUCUAUGUUUGAAUAAAAAUGGUUCAAGACAGCAGACUGCAUCUAUCAAAAUUAUACUAAUUUUUAACCUCCCCCCCCUCAAUUCACGAUGGUGCCUGAGAUCAAGCAGCAGAUUUUCAUGUACUUUUGGAUAAACCUGGACAGUCUUUUGCAUCAAGAUGGUGGAUUGUAACUUUCAGGACUGCAUUGAUUAACCACUGGUUUCAAAAUUGCACUGACCCAUUUGUUUCUUAGAAUUCCUGAGCAAUGCGGUCAAGGCUGCUAAUACAAUAUAUGUAUAUAGGGUUCUGCUUUAAUAAAUAAAAUAAAAAAUACUGUAAACCUUUUGGUUCAAAAAUGUGGGAUAUCAAUAUUUUAACAGACAAAUAGAAUAAUAAGUUGUGAGUGAAGUUGGGCAUAUUUUCAGUCUGAAAGGUGGGACUUGGGUUUGCAACCAGAAAGUAUGGGCUGGUGAACAGCCCUGAGAUAUUUAAUGAAGGGCAGUAUAUAAAUCUUAUAUCUAUAUCUAUAUCUACACACACACACACACACACACACACACACACACACACACUUUGAGGAAGUGCUACAGUUUAGCAGGGAUUUAUACUGUUCUGUACCUCAGGCAAAAUGCCAUUUCUACAUAGUGCUGCUUCUGCCGCAGUCCCACUGGCAGUAGAAUGCAGAGAAGCUGAGACAGUCAGGACAGAUCAGCUGAAGGAACUACAGGCCUCAGAACAGAAUCUCUGAGAAGUGGAUGAGGAAGGAGGGAUUGAGUGACUGACCUGCCAAGUUGCUUUUCCAUGUACUCUUAUUGCAGCACCCUGUUGACAUUUGAUUUCAGUGUUGACCCGCCCUAAGCCAGAAUCAAAUCUCUGUGUGGUUCCUUUUCCUAGAUAUUGCAGGCUAGCACAGAAUUUCCCCCACGCCUGAAUAAAUACUGAAUUCACUUUUGAAAUAUAAACAUAGAAAAAGAUUCUAAGAAAGAAACAAGAACAAGGCAAGGCUAAGGGGAGGGACAGUAGAAAACAACUCUAUAGAAUAGGUUUGUAUCUCUAAAUGGGGGGGUGCUAAAUGGGGGCAGACCUGACCAUGUGGUGAGACCUGCAUUGCCCCCGUCAUACUAUUUCACACACCAGAUUGUGUGAAAUGCUGUUGGCCUAGACACACCCUAGGAGAGCUUGCACAAGAUCUGGAUUUGGUUGUGUGAGAAUUGCGAGUGUCUUGGCCAGUCAGCAGCCAAGAGGAUGCUGGUGCAAGCAAGAGUUAUCUCAGACAGCUCUGGCUCUACUAUUUAUAGCUGAUCACAGAAGGUGACAAAAUUAAACUUAAGUGCUAGCAGGUUUUGCAUUUAAAGAUCACACAAGUACUUUCUUGUGGGAAAUGGUAUUCGAUGGUGAAAUCCUACUUUCCGGUCAAUAACAUUCUCUUUGGAUACAUUUCUGGCAAAAUUAAUUUCUGUGCAAAGAAAUGCUCUGCGGCCAUUCUGAGAGAUGCCAACUCUAGAUUGAGACAGAUUUGCAUUGUACUAUACCAAUAAGGCAAAACGGCACAGGAAAAGUAAAGGAUAUGGUUUCAAAUAGCUUUUAUGAAGCAUGUUACUACUUCCAGAUGUUGUCAUGUUUCCUUUUGAAACCGGUAGUGCCACUGUUUCCCCAAAUCCAGAACAAACAGAAAUAGCCAUGUACAAUUAGUUCUUCAAAACACAUGUGAUGUCAAGCACCACGUGCACUAUAGUACAGUUACUGUGGAGUCAUCAGCCCAUUAAGAUGCACAACCCAGAGAGGGGCAAUUUCAAGUUAGUUGGGCAAUAAGGCUUGUGUUGGUUAGAUUGAAGAUGUGGUGUUAAACCACUGUGCAGAAGCAGUGUAGAAGAAGAAGAAGAAGAGUUUGGAUUUGAUAUCCCGCUUUAUCACUACCCAAAGGAGUCUCAAAGCGGCUAAUAUUCUCCUUUCCCUUCCUCCCCCACAACAAACACUUUGUGAGGUGAGUGAGGCUGAGAGACUUUAGAGAAGUGUGACUAGCCCAAGGUCACCCAGCAGCUGCAUGUGGAGGAGCGGGGAAGCGAACCCGGUUCACCAGAUUACGAGUCCACCGCUCUUAGCCACUACACCACACUGGUGUAGCCCCUCCAAGGAGCCCAAAAUGAACCACUGUACCAUUUUUAGUCAACAGUUAGAUCAUUCACACUUGUGUGCUUUGAACAUUCUGAUUUUUGGAGAGGUUUGUAGAUUUAUGAUAUAGAAACAUGAUAAGAUGCCAUCAGGUUCCAGUUGCUUGGUAUGCUUCUAACAUGACAGAGGCUAUGGACACAUUGAUGUAAAUUGUGCCACAUGGAGAAAUUUGAUGUUCUAAGCCGAAGGACCAAAUUACCCAUCUAAAUAGUGGACUUUCAACUUCACACAAUUAAGGGUUUUUGUGUCCUCUUCAACUAUUACUGCUAGCAACACAUUUCAAAGAGAAGAAAGACAGGACCCAAACCAAGGAUGAGUGGGUCUUCCCCACUCCUUGCUCAGUGGUGAGAGCCAAGCAGCAGAUACACUGAGUAACUUGUGGCAUUGCUAUUUGGGAAACAGCCAAGUGCAGCUCUGGGGGUGUUUUAGUCUCACGGGAAACCCACCACUAGGUAAGCCCCUAGAGGAGAGGGGGGAGAUUGGUGAAGUUUUGUUUCGCAGUGCUGAUGUGGGAGUAGUGGGCAGAGUAUGCCUCAGCAUUGAUGGCUCCUGCCAAGGCACUUGGGCCCCAGCUGCUGCAGGGUUGCCAGGUGCUGAUUGUGGCCCCAAAGAAAGGCUAUGGAACUAGCCAAGGGCUGCCAACGUCUGGGAUUCCCUGGACAUAUCUGGGAUUUGUCCAUCAGAAAUGGCAUCUGAGCGGAAUUUCCAAAAGUCAAUAAAAAAAUAUCUGGGGAAACCCAUGUUGGAAGUGUUGCUUUUUUUGGCGAAUUUCCUUAAAAAUAGCUCAACAACUUUUGUGUCCGGAUUUUCACUUUUUGAAAUAUGGCAACCCUAAACUAGCCUGGAGUUUGGGUAGUGGAGUAGGCAAUUUGAUUUGCCUUCAUAUACACAGUUGCUAAUGCUUAAAGAAAGAAAAGCAAUAAGUAGUGUUUAUAUGGGGUAAUGGGGAGUAAUUGCUAUACCUUUGAGGCAGAUGUUUCGAUAACAGAAAUUCUAUGGUAGUUAGCUAAAUGUUCAUAAAAGUUGUAUGUGUAUUCUAUAACAACCUGGCUGCUAUGAACCAGUAAGGAGUACAUAUAUGCCUGCUUUGCUGUGUAUUGUCCUUUCCCUAAUGAUUUGUUACAAGGGAUGUUUGAAAUUUUGUAACAGCGUUUCACAGAUAACAAUCUCAGCAAAGUUUUAUGAACGUCUGGAAACUCAGAGAUGUGGUGAAUAAUGCCAACAGUCAUCUGCAUGUGAUUACCUGCACUUACUUGUUUAUGUUUUUGGAAAGCAGGGAGACAGAUAAUCUAUUUUAAGGUGUUCGCAAAACUUUUUUGGGAUUGUUAACAUUUGUGUGUUAAUGUUGGCAAUCAGCAGGGGUUUUGUUGUUUCGUUUACACUCACUAUAACAUUUAUAGAGAACAUCUUGGAGCAAACACAUUUUAUUUUCAGUUAGUAUCACAUCCUUAUCCUAUAGAUCCAGGGCAGAUGAUAUCUGAAAGACUAAAAAUAAACUUUGGCACUUCGGUGUUGAGAUGCACAUACAGAGAGAUCUACUGCAAAUACAGGCUGCUCCAUUCAUGUCAGUUGCCUUUUGCAUAUGCUAAUACAGUCACUUUAUUCAAGUGACCGGGAAAGCCAUAAGAGAGUUCUAUGUUAUUGUUUUUUGUAUUAUAUUCCACCUUAUCCUUCCAGGAACUUAAGAUGGCAUGUAUGGCUCUCCCCAUCCUCAUUCAACCCUCACAACAACCCUGUGAGGUGGGUUAGGCUGAGAGACAGUGACUGGCCCAAGGUCACCCAGUGAACUUCAUGUCUGAGUGGGGAUAUGACCCCUGGUCUCCCAGGUCCUAUUCUGAGACUCUAACCACUGUACCACCCUGGCAUAGAAGGAUCGAGGCAAAGCAUAAAAUUAUACAAAUCACAAGAAGCUGCUUUUCUCUUGAUUUCAGUGGGUCUACUAACACUGGAUUUCAACAAUUGGCUUUUAAAAGUGCCCCCUCUAAUGUAUGUAAUAAGAACAUUAAUUGUUCUAACUAAUCUUCGAAGAUUAGUUAGAACAAUUAAGGUUUUAAAAAAGAAAAAAAUCGGAAAGUGCUUAGCUAUUGGUUCAGAAAAAAUUGUGAGUGCUCACCACUUCUGAAAAUGUGGAAGUCUCGCCGCUGUAUACAAACAUUGUUGUGCCCCGCAUGGAAAUAUUUAAAGGUUUUACCAGAAGGGGGGAGCUUUGAAGGUUUCAGUUUGAAGAGGAAAUCAGAUCCGCAGAAAAUUAACACUUCAGAAUUGAUUUAUGAAAUGCCAAAGAAUUAGAGUUAAUCUCAAAUUUGUGCAGCGCCGUCUCUGGCAUGUACUGGAAUAGUAUAGUGGCUACAAGGCAGAUGCCAUAAGUUUCCAAUAAAAAAAAUCAUUUGGAUUUAUUACAGGCUAACAGCUCUCUGACAAGCUUUCACCUUAUGAAAGGGAGAGGGCAAGAGAGAGAUUAAGAGAGCGAGAGGGGGAAAGCGAGACGGACUGAGGGAGAGGAGCAGAGGGCUCUCAAUGACCUAAUUCUAAGUUAGCUGUUCAGUUGCAAGAGUAUUGACUACAACGUAGACCCUUGUGGGAAGCAGCAAAGGGGAAGCCGUGACAAGGGCAGAGAACGCAGGGAGUAUCCUCACGGACAGGUGAGUCACAAAUUCCUGAAGCUCAGGAGCAUCUCGUGUUAGAUUGUACUUGCAUGACAAAGGCGUCCUUUAGCCGAUACUCUUCAUUUGACAGCUGGGUAGGCAGCCUGUGUGAUACUUCUCGAAGGACUAGAAAGGGGAAAUGCAUGAGUUCCAAAAUAGCCUCUUUAAAGCUACCAAAACCACCACAUGGUUAUGAAGUGUUAUGGGGUGACAGAGGUGUGCAGAGAGGGAUGAGGGAGCUCCCUUCUGGCUGGUUUCUUGGUAUAAUUUUUAAUGUAUUAGAAGCAUUUAGGGCAGCUCUAUGGGUUCACCUGGGGUUCCCCCCCCCCUCAGGACUGCUAAUUAAAGAGCAGUUUAUCUGAGAAAGUACAAACCAAGGCGUGGAUUCUAAUCGGCUGUAUUCUUCUGAUAUGCAAUUGUUCUUAUCAGAUAUUGGCUCUUCAUAGCUGAGGCUAUAAAACUGGCCAAUGCAGCUACUUGAAUUAAAUUGAAAAUAACAUUUGGUCAGACAUCGUAGCAUACCCAACAUUAACCCAAAAUGCAAGAUAAAUUAUAGGAGAUAUUCUCUAUUUAUAUGGAAUUCUAGAAUAUGGGUGGAAUUCAACACUCGGCCUACUCAGAGUAGACCCAUUGAAAUUAAUGAACAUGAGUAACUUAGGUCUAUUAAUUCCAACAGGCAUACUCUGAGUAAUGUUUAGUUGACUUCUACCCAUUAUUUCAAGUGCAGAAGGCUAACAAGUUAAGGACAAGAAGCUGUAAACUGGAGAUUUCUCUCCUUCAAAAAAAUAAAAUAAAUGAACCAGACUGCGAACAUGGCGAUAAUCUUGCAUGCAAUUAUGUGCCUUUAAAUUCCAUUGAACUGAAGCACAUAAAAACAGAGUACGCUUACAACUUUCUCAAUAGUAUUGAUAAGACCACCACUACCCUCAGAUUCCAGGGAAUAUGAAAAAUAUUAGUCUUCAAACCCGAAUAUUUUCUGCUAUAUUUACAUUUUUUAAAACAAUGUGAUUAUUUGAUUAACCCCUUAUGUGCCAGACGGCACCACACACGAAACUUUUGGAACACCCGCUGUUAAUUUUAGCCGGAGCGAGAAACCAUCUGAUGAGACGCGCCAGCCAUAUAAGGCUAUAUGGAGCUGUAGCGCAGAGCAUACUUUCUGCGCCUGUUAAUAUUCAGGCACAGAAAAGCAUUUUGGCACAUUCUAGCAAAGGAAGAUAGGAUGAUGCGUCUAGCAGGCCUUCUGACUUCCUGCCUAGGUAGCAGGGCCAAACAGCACUUCUACCUCUGUUGUUUUCUCCGGAACAGGAGUGCCGGGAGACUGGAAGCUAUAAGAGCAGGACGGUCAGGGAAGAAGUGUGAGUGUCAGAUUUAAAAGCAAGCAAUGCCUCAUCUAAAUCAGACGUCAAGUUGACAAACAGCACUGGACAGUCAUUUAAAUCAGUUUUAAGUGAGGGAAUAGCAAAGAUUCUGUACGUCAGGGGGAAGGAAGGGUCUAAUUUAUAGCUUGGAGGCUGCAUGUUGACGCAUUCUACAUUUGUGAGGUUAGAUUUUAAUCCUUACCUCCCGCUGACCGGCACACAGGCACACUUAUAUACCACUUAAGUGUGCAAAGACAUCAGAAUGACAGCCAUUGCUUGCUGGAGGAAAGGUCUCGCCGUGUAAGAGGCAUGCUACAGUUUUAGAACUCUUCAGAUAUGCAGCCCAUGUCUGACAUAGAAGCUGCAAGUUGGCCACCUGUUUGUUUAUUCAGAAGCGCUUCUGAAAGCCUGCGAACUGCAGUUUCAAAUGCAUUUAAACUGUUAUUUAGAAGACCCAACAUGGACCAUCUAAAUAUGAAGGUCUAAUUUAAAGCUAUUACAUUUGACAGAUGUCCACCUGUGAACUUGUUCUCUUUGUGCAAACAAUGUACAGAAUGAAUGCCGGUUUGUUAUUCACAGCUCAUUUUGGCCAAUGGGUUUGGGGUCAGACCUAUGAGGACAUUUCAUCUCAAAAGCUUAUGCUUUAGAGAGUUAUACAUUAAUUGGUAGCUUCCUUUACCACCAAACUGGAAGUGGCUGGGGGUGGGGAAGCCUACCAAGUAUUCUUACUUCAGUCAAAAUGUGGCCACAAAUUAGGUCAGGGCUUUCUGCUGCUGCCAGGAGUUGAUUAACAUGUACAUUUCGGCAGUAGUAAAACCUGUGCAACAGGGCUGCACCAUACGGUUUUCUUAACCGAAUGAUUCCUGUAAGAAAACUGAAAACAUGCCCUGUCAGAAGAAAAGCUAGCUGUCCUCAUAUAAACAGCUCCCCGUAUAAAAAUUAAAGGGAGCAUGGGAACACAGGAAGCUGCCUAACACUGAGUCAGACCGUUGGUCUAUUUGGCUCAGAGCUGUUUACACUGAGUGGCUGUGAUUCUCCUGGGUUUCAGGCAGGGGCCCUUCCCAGGCUUUCCUUGAGAAACCCAGCACUGAACCUGGGACCUUCUUCAUGCAAAGCAGAAGCUCUACCACUGAGCUACGUCCUUCUCGCCGACUCCAGAACUAAAAGCACUGUAGCAUCGUGUUACCGUAUUUUUUUGCUCUAUAAGACUCACUUUUUCCCUCCUAAAAAGUAAGGGGAAAUGUGUGUGCGUCUUAUGGAGCGAAUGCAGGCUGCGCAGCUAUCCCAGAAGCCAGAACAGCAAGAGGGAUCGCUGCUUUCACUGCACAGCGAUCCCUCUUGUUGUUCUGGCUUCUGAGAUUCAGAAUAUUUUUUUUCUUGUUUUCCUCCUCCAAAAAUUAGGUGCGUCUUAUGGUCUGGUGCGUCUUAUAGAGCGAAAAAUACGGUAAUUCAUUGCUUAUAUUAAUAAACUAAAAACUUUUGAUCCGUUAUAUGUUACACCUAUGUAGGUGUCAGGAAUCAGAUGUAAUUGCUCAAUUAAAAACUAGUAUACAGUGGUACCUCGGGUUACAUACGCUUCAGGUUACAGACGCUUCAGGUUACAGACUCCGUUAACCCAGAAAUAUUACCUCAGGUUAAGAACUUUGCUUCAGGAUGAGAACAGAAAUCGUGCUCCGGCAGCGCGGCAGCAGCGGGAGGCCCCAUUAGCUAAAGUGGUGCUUCGGGUUAAGAACAGUUUCAGGUUAAGAACGGACCUCCGGAACGAAUUAAGUACUUAACCUGAGGUACCACUGUAAUUAAUUGACUAUGGCUAUAGCCCUAUGCAUGCAUGCUUGGGAAUAGGGCAUGCUGAAGAAAAUGGGGCUCGCUUUCAAGUAAGUGUGCAUUGGAAUGUGUUACAGGAUGUCUGUAAUCAUAUGGUGGCCAUAGUGUGACUUAAAGGGCAGGAUAUAACAAUCCUUCUUGGAUAAUCACUACUCAUGCUACUUGUAAAAGACAAAUGUGCAUUUUUCAGUGACAUCUCUUAAAGUACAUGAACUGGUACGAUGCUGGUAGGCUAUCACAUAAAUCUGUUUCAUAGGAAGAUAUGCAACCUACAGAUCUAUUUUAGGUGUUUUCUGUCUAAGAGGUGGGGAAUAAUAAUUAAUCUAUAGGCCUUCAGUUAUUGUUUUGUUGCAACUCUGACCACUCAUCAUCCUCACAGGAAUUGAUGGGAAUCCAGCAACUUUUGGAGGUCCACAAGUUCUGCAACCUUGGUCUAUCUGAAAUCCACACAGUGCCAUGCACAGAAAACCAUGAAUCUUAAGGAACAAUGCAUGAGACAACACUUCUGUGUUUUAAAAGUAACUUGAGUAAUAGUCAUCAAACUGUACAGCCAAAGACCUUCACUAAAAUUGAAGGAUUUAUAUUUAUCAAUCCCUUAGGGUUGAUUCUCAGAAAAACUCACAGUUCAGAAACUGUUGCGACAAAGGUAAUUACAUCCAAGCCAAUGGCACAUACAUGCAGAAUUUUGAGUUCAUCCACCAAGUCAAUAUAUAUAGAACUCUGAGGGUCUUGCUGGCUCCCAGACAUAACUGCAUCUGUUCACAGCACUAAUGAUUGCAAGUCAUAGUGAGCUGCCACUCCCACCCCCAAAGAGAAACAGAGGGUGGUCAUGGGAAUCCAUUUUAAGUGGCAAUGUACUCUCAGGAAAAUACCCAUCUGCCCCUAAAAAUGUGUAAUAUAAAUCCUGUGCUUGUUCAAAUGAUGUGUGUAUUGCUGCAGUAAAAAUGUAAUGUAUAGAAUUCGCCAGAAGACUUUGUAAAGCUGGUUAUGGUUUCAGAACCCUUUUAAGUCCCAUUGAUGGCCUCGUGAAUGUUUUUAAUGAUCCUUUUUCCGUUCUGAAUAGAUUAUGCUGAAAUGUUCCAAGCUGUCAUUUCCCACUAGAGCUCUAUCGGGCAUGGAGUUUGGUCAUAUCUGACACUUUUGCCAAAGCACGUGCCUAUGAGGCAGUUGACUGAAAAAAGUUUAGACUUUGACCCUGAAUUUAUAUUCUUCAGACUAAGAGGGGACAAAGACCCUUUGAGAUGCAUCAUUAAUAUAAUAUAAUAAUAUUAUAAUAAUAUAAUAUAAUAUAAUAUAAUAUAAUAUAAUAUAAAUCAGUUUCUAAACAACCAUCUCAAGACAAUUUACAUGUAAGAUAAUUAAAAAACAUUAAAAAUACAAAAACAGCAAGUACCUUUUUUAAAAAAGACUAAAACCCUAAUGCAGUAGACACUUAAUGUAAAUACCUAUUUAUCCAGCUAGGAAAGCCUAUUGGAACAAAAAUGACUCCAGAUGUUUCCAUAAGUUGCAGAUAGUUGUUGCCUGUUGCAUCUUAGCAGGAAUGCUAUUCCACAGAACAGGGGAAGCCACACUAAAAGCCUUCUCUGUGUUAUAGUGGAGAGGGCUUCUGAGGCCUUUGAAACAUGUAGGAGAAACUCUUCUACAAACCGCAGCAAUUUAGGGGGUGUAUAAGAAAUAACAGUAGCCUGAGUUGCUUCAGGCCAGCGGUACUUGAACAACCUGGGAAGAUUCCUACCCAUUUCUUGCCACAGAGAUGUUUUGAGCACACAAUGAAGGACUGUGUUUAUUACUCUCAAAGUCUGUGAGUCAGAGAAAAUGGAGGAUGCGGAGAAGCUUACCUCCUCACCAAGAGCGCAGUUAAAUUUAAUCCUGAGAUGAUGGAGGACGAUAGGACCGCUCUUUGCGGCAGUUGUUCCCCCCGAUCCUUUUACACUGACUCUGGCAGAGUACGUUUGGUCACAUGAAAGAAACGCGCUGAAAUCCAUGACCGCUGCUAAAUGUGUACAACACCAUCCAGAUAUUCCAUUGCUUUUCGGGUUUCAGUGGCGCACGAGCUAAUGGCACUUGGUUGGGAGGAGCAAGACAGACAAGCAGUGAAAUGGAAGAAGGUCAGUCUCUCAGAGAGUUUGGCUUCCUCACAGAUGGUUUUAAUUUAUCAGACCAUUUGUAGGAGAUGCUAGUUCCAUUUUGUGUCUCAGGGCUGAAAUGGGAUGGACCUGUUUUCUGGUGCCUAAUGUGAAUCACUGUAAAAAGAAAAGAAAAAUUUAAGCGUUCCCAACUGGUUGCGACUUUCACGACAGUAACGCUACCAAUGCCAUGGGCAACAAUAUCCCCCUCCCAACUUCGUGAAAAUGGGCAGGGCUAAGCCUUGCUGCCCAAUGAUAGUAUUGUUAGAGUGGGAAGGGUUUUGUUUUGUUUUUUUGAAAAAUUGGUUUUAUUGCAACUUUUCAUUAUUGUAUUUUCUGUAUGGCUCAAUUUUACAUACACCACUCAGCUAAGGAUCAAAUGGCACAUAAAUGUCCUUAAAAACAAACAAACAAACAAAGCAAACAAAUAACUCUAGGAGUGAUGUACCCCAUCGUUGUCAGUGGCUGAGUGUGUGUGGCUUCUGCCGAGGCAAAAAUACAGGAAAAGUAAGCAAGAAUAAUAAUAAAAAACCCCGUAGUUACACUAUGGGAAUGGGAAAUUUUAAAAGACAUGAUAAGGGACUUGUCACAUCAUGCGUGACAUGUUAUGGCAUCAUGAACUAAGUGCAGCAAUGCUGCUUGCUGGGGAUAAUAAUAAUUGUUUUCCAGGAACUUCUGUCAAGGGUUUCACGACUGUUUAACAGUGUUUAAUGUCACAUGUGUGACUUAAAUCAGGGAAACCGUGACAGAAUUAACCCAUCCUCCUCUAGCGCCACUACUCUGAUAAAAAUCGGAGCUCUCUGCCCUCUCCUCCAUAGCUGCUUAAAGUAAAAAUGAAAUCACUGGGAGAAGUGUGGUCAGAUUUCCUGCAUCAGACAUAACUUGGCUCUUGCUUAGGAGUACACAAGUUCUGCUGCUUGUGUAAACCAGUCGUGGUUUCAAUAGGAUAUUUGUAUGUCACUGAGAGGCAGUAUAAUAUUCUGCUUGUAAAGAAAGAUCCAAACAACAUUGUCGUUAGGCUGCCUAUGUUCCUACGGCCAAGGGAAUUGCCAGAAGAGUAUAUUUCAUUGUUUUCCCCCCAAAGGGUUAUCUGAUUUAUUAAAUUUAUAUUUAUUUGUUGAAUACAGUAUAUACAAAAUGGCCAUAGGAUUAGCAUCUGGAACACAAUACUCAAGAAUUUAUGGUAGAGCAUUAGUAAGGAUGUCUAGUCUAGCUUUUCACAUGGACCAGCUGAGCUCCAUUAAUUCAGGUGGACUGACUAUUGAUUUAAACAGUCUGGUCCUGAAAGAUCAGAAAACUGAGAGAUUUCCCCUUUGACAACUAUUCCAAUAGGCUUCUUGUUAAUUCCUGUUCUCCGUACCCCCUACCUCUUUUUAUAAACAAGGGGAUGUAACCGGACUCUGGUCUUCUACAAAUGUUUAUGCCACAAUAAAUUUGUUAGUAUUUAAGGCACCAUAAGAAUCUUCAUUGUUUUUGGACCUAGAGGAAGGCUUACUGGCUGAUGCAUAGAAAAAGAAUAUUAUACAGUAUCUGAAUUUUAGCACCAUGCGCACACACCCCAAACACACAUUUUGUUGUUUAACAUAUUAAAGCUAUUUGGUAGUCAAAAUUGGAAGGUAUGGUGAGCUCAUAGUCCCAGACAAUUAUUCCGUCUCUGCAUUCUCAAAUAUGUAUACAAAUCAGGCAAAUGUAAGAACAAAAAGUAUGAGGCUGAGAUGAUAUGAUGUGAUGAUAGUAAUUAGCUUUCUUGAUAUCAGGUGUUGUGUCUAUUAGGCUUUUAUUUGAGUCAGGAACCAAAGAUUACCUGUUUUGAUAACCCUGCUCUGUUUGUUUUUAUGUGAUUUUAGACUGAGUCUUGCCGUUGCACAUUUCUCCUAAUAUACCUAUUUUUGCAUACAAUUUUGCCUGAUACUGUACCGCAUUUUUGCAAAGCAAAUUCCCAUAAUAGAAAACAUUUUUGCAUGUUUACUGAUUUCUACUAUUUUUAUUCACACUUUCCCCUAAUACACCCCCUCCCCCAUUAUUUGGUUGAAGAACUGCAUCACAAAAUUUGGGGAAGUGCGAAUUUCAAAGGUUAGCCUCAUUUUGGCUUGCAUAUUGUUUCGGGAAGUGCGAGUUAGGUCAGCUCACACUUAAGAGAAAAGCAAACCGAACCAAAUGUAGUUAUGUGGUCCUUCGCUAGACCAUUCAGCAUCUAUUCGUGGAUUCAGGUCACCACAGAUAAUCAGUAAACCAAAGGAAGCAGAAAAGCUGGACCCAGGAUUCUUCUGAUAACAAUGAAAACUCAGAUCUGUGUUGCAUGUGAGCCUGGAUUACUAAUGCUCAUCACUUCAUAGUUCUUAGUGGCAGUUGUGAGGCACAAUAUUUUCUAAUACUAUUAUGGCUAUGGAUCUGUGUGAGGAUCAGCUCAGAUCUGCAUGCGGAGCUCACAUUCAUGCAAGCAGAUCAUGGAAAUGACAAGUUUUAAGGCAUGGGUAGGCAAACUAAGGCCCAGGGGCCGGAUGCGGCCCAAUCGCCUUCUCAAUCCGGCCCAUGGACAGACUGGGAAUCAGCAUGUUUUUAUAUGAGCAGAAUGUGUCCUUUUAUUUAAAAUGCAUCUCUGGGUUAUUUGUGGGGCCUGCCUGGUGUUUUUACAUGUGUAAAAUGUGUGCUUUUAUUUAAAAUGCAUCUCUGGGUUAUUUGUGGGGCAUUUGUGGCCCCCCCCAAAAAAGUCUGAGGGACAGUGGACCGGCCCCCUGCUGAAAAAGUUUGCUGACCCCUGUUUUAAGGGUUGCCAAAUAGUAAAUCCUCUCUGGGUGAAGGAUAAAGAGCAAGUCUAAAGUGAGAGACUAGGGUGAUGCCUGCUGUUUCUCUUCUCGUUGUGAGACUUUUGUGGAUGAGAGUUUGUUUAGACCCUGGGUGAGAACCCAGAGGCUGAGAAGGAGGGUUUGUCAGAAGGAAAAUGAAUUGAUAUUGAUUUAUAGAUAUUAGUAACUUUGCAUUAAUGUAACAUUUUGUAUGUGACUAUUUUAUAACACAUGUUAUAAAAUACAAAGUAUCAUUAAGAACAAAUCAUACAUGAGCUAGUUAUAGUCAGCUUUUACUAUAGCAAUAAAGAUUUGCUCUUUCAAACCAAGCCUCAUAUUUGGCUAAGCUAUCCAGGCUGUGAGAAAGCUGUAGAUAUUCGUGUUCAUAUGGCGACAGCAAAAUAUCAGUGUUUAGGAGGUAUUGGAAUCCCAGAGCUGUAUUUCCUAUAUGGCAAAUGGAAACUGGGUGUGAGAGAGAAAGAGAACGUUUAACAAGCAAAAGGGGAUUUGUGAUUUGAAUUAAAGUAUCUUCUUGCUCCUAAGUGGUGGGCUUGGGCAGGUGAGGGUACAACAAAGUCCUCUUGUGAACCAGGAUUUGUUUAAGUAGCAGGAAACAGAGAAUAGGAAGAAAUUGAUGGUUCUCCAAAUGGAAGGAUGUAGAAAGUGGAAUCACCCAAAGACUGGUAUUGGGAACUGUGCUUUUUUAACUCGAAAAGUAAUGCUCUAGAGUUAGGAGUGAGCAGUGAGGUGACCAAUUUUGCUGAUUAUACUAACGAAAAGAGAUUGUGAAGAGCUCUAAAAGGACCUAUCCAAACUGAGUGAAUGGGUGGUAAAAUGCCAAAUGCAAUUUAGUGUAAACAAGUGCAAAGUAAUGCAUAGUGGGGAGGGGGGGUAGAAUCUUAAUUUCACCUAUACUAAAUAAUCUCUCCUCCUCAUCCAUUAGCAGAGGUGUCCGCUGUAUGAAAAGUCCUUCCACAAAUAGAAUUCAACCCAAAUGGCUCACUUAAAAGCAGUAGAUUCUAGAUAAAGUUUAAUAAUAAUAAUAAUAAUAACAACUAUUCACAACUACACACACCCCUGAAAAACAAAAUGAUGGUGAGUUUCAUAAUGCAGGGGGAAGGAGUUUUUAUCUACUAAUUGCUACAAAUUCACAAAUUAUUUCCACUCAUUAAUGAGUAAUUCCAAUUUCCUUAAAAAAAAUACUGGUUGUUAUUUCCUGUUGGCACACUCACACCAAAUGAUUUAGCUUUGUAAUUUUAUUCGCUUUUUUUUUUUUUUUGCAACAACCUUGAGCGUUUAUGUAUUUGGUGAAUCUUCCAUAUUGUUACCAAGACCACGAAGGUCAUGAAAGGCACCCCACUCCUCUACUGUUAGCUCCCACAACCUCUGAGAUUGGAGGGUCCAUUUAACUCUCUGGGCUAAUACCUUGUGAAAGACUUGUUGAAAUAGUCAUCAUCAAAUCCAGGAUUCUAUCUUUCAGUAAGUCGUUCUACCAGCUAAUAGAGAGAUAAGGACAGAUAAGGACAAGGAAUAGGACAUAGCAGGAAUAUCAUCUGCUCUGUUUGGCCAAUUGGUUCAUGUUAUCUUGGCAGGUGUUGGCACUGACCAGUUUAGAUGGAACUACAGAAAUAUACAGGCAGCUAUCUUUGUCUAUCAUAUUAUUCAAUAGGCAUAGUCAUAUGGGUCUAAAAUGCAUGUGUAACCCUGUGAACAUAUUCCUUGGUGUUAGACAAAAUGGAAAUCAUAGAAAGUACUUCAGGAAUGGGGAGAUAGUGGCCCUCCAGUGUGGUGUAGUGGUUAAGAGCGGUAGCCUUGUAAUCUGGGGAUCCAGGUUCGCGUCUCCGCUCCUCCACAUGCAGCUGCUGGGUGACCUUGGGCCAGUCACACUUCCUUGAAGUCUCUCAGCCCCACUCACCUCACAGAGUGUUUGUUGUGGGGGAGGAAGGGAAAGGAGAAUGUUAGCUGCUUUGAGACUCCUUAAAGGGAGUGAAAGGCGGGAUAUCAAAUCCAAACUCCUCCUCUUCUUCUUCUUCUUCUUCUUCUUCUUCUUCUUCUUCUUCUUCCUCCUCCUCCUAUGGUCAGGGAUGUUGGGCGUUGCAGUCCAGCACGUCUGCAGGAGACAUAGGUUCCCCAUCCCUGACUUAGGGCCCAUUCACACCAUACAUUUAAAGCAGUAUCAUAGCUUCCCCAAAGAAUCCUGGAAACUCUAAUUUGUUAAGCAUCCUCAGAGUUGUUAGGAGAGCUUUAUUCCCCUCACAGAGCAAUAAUUUCCAGAGUGGUUUAACAAUCAAUCCCUCUUCCUACUGAACUCGGGAAACCCUAGUUCUGCAGGGGGAAUGUGGUCUCCUAACACCUCUCAAAAUACCCUUAUACCAAGCUUUACUUUCCAAGAUUCUUUGGGGAAGCCAUGAGUGUUUGUAGCACAAAUGGGGCAUUGGUUCUUCUGACUAAAAAUAAAACUGGGCUUCAUUUCAAGUUGCUGAUUUUAAAUUUUAUUAAUUUAUUUAUUUGUUACAAAGAAAGAAGAAAAGAAAACAUAACACUGCAGACAAACUUAUAUACAUAUUUUCCACAAUAAAAGCCAGAAAAGAAAGGAAAAAAAGAAGAUAAGAGAGAAAAAGGGAAGAGAGAGGAAUAUAAAAGGGGGGAAAAAGAAGGAAGAAGAAGAAAAGAAAGAAAGAAAAAAGUUAUUUUUCAUAACAAAAGAUUUUACCAAAUUCAUACUUCAAACACUUCAAUAUAUGGAUCUUAUUUAAAAUAUUAAUAAAAGAUUUCCACCGCAUUCACCACACAUCCCUUAAUUAUCAUGAUCGAAAUUACAUCUGUCAUUCAAUAAUUUUCCUUCCUUAAGUUCUUUCAAAUUUCAAAUCAAAUCUUUAGGUUCUCUGUACUCUUCACCAGGUUAAUCUAAACACAACCAAACAUUUGCACCAUUUACAUAGAUAAUCAUUUAGACAUUCCCAUUGUUUUUGGAUUAUAAUCUUUUGUUUUUGCCUUAUUAAAUCAGUCAGUUUUGCUAACUCCGUGUACUCACAUAGUUUACUCAACCAUUCCCCCUUUGUUGGGAUAUGAUUUCCUUUCCAAUGACUGACUACUAACAUUCUCACUGCCGUUGUUGCAUACAGAAAGAUGUUGAUUUUGUCUCUGGGGAUAUCAUUAUUCAAAAUUCCUAAUAUAUAUGCUUCUGCCCUUUUAAUAUAUGAUAUUUUUGUCAAUUUUUUAAUCUCUUCAUGAAUCAUGUCCCAGAAUUUUUUAAUCUCUGGGCAUGUCCACCACAUAUGAUAUAGGGUACCAAUCAUUCUAUUACAUCUCCAGCAUUUAUUGCCAAUCUGUCUGGUGCCAGGUACUACCUGUGAUGCAUCUUCAUAUAGUUCUCUCUUAAUGAGUAGCAGGCCAUGAAAUUUAUAUUUUUUGUCCAACCGCCCCCCCCCCCGCCAAUCUUUAUAUUCAAUUGUAUAGCCUAAAUCUCGUUCCCACUUUUGCAUAUUCUUUUCUUUGGUUUCUUGAUCUGGAUGAACGUUGUCUAACCUAUACAUUUUGGCGAGUAUUUUUUGGUUAUUCUGUAAAUUCCCAAAUCCUCUGGUCUUUAUAUCUUUCUCAUAUGUAGCCUUAAAUUGGAAAUAUUCCAGCCAAUUUAUUCUCAGUUUUUUAAGUUCUCCAUAUUCCUUUAAUUUGGUUUCAUUCGUUCCUUCUACCAGAUCUUUAUAAGUUGGCCAAGCAUUUUUUGUAUUAUUUUUUAAUGUUGAGGUUUCCUCUAUUGGAGAGGUCCACCAUGGGGUUCUUUCUAUAAUUCUCUCUUUUGUUCUCUCCCAUACCUCGAAUAGGGCCUUUCUCACUAAAGGAUUCGUGAAUCCUUUAUGCAUUUGUAUUUUCCUGUAGAUUAAAUAGCCAUGCCAACCAUACAUUUUAUCCCAGCCCUCUAGUUCCAAGAUUUCAGUAUUUUUUAAUAGCAUCCACUCUUUCAACCAGCUCCAGCACACAGCUUCAAAGUAUCUUCUUAAAUCUGGAACUGGAAAUCCUCCAAAUUCUUUUGGUCCCGUCAUUGAUUUUAUUCUGUCUUUUUUCCCCUUGCCUCAAGUUGCUGAUUUUAUGAUGCUGGUCAGUUGGGGUACAUGAAACAUUUCCAGCAAUGUGUCUUUCUAAUAAUCAAUUAGUGUAACAUAAAGAAGGACAAAGCACACUUGUUCUUUCAGUGACUUUCAUUUGAUUUCUUCCCCCUUAACUCCAUUAUCAUUGAAUUUCAUGGGAAUUAAAUCUGGGCUGGAUCUAGACACAUCAAAGAAACAUUUCAGUUAAAUGUGUUGUGAACUUUGUAUGAGAAAUCGGGUUGGCAAAAAACAGAACUCCACAGUGCCAUCUGGUGUCACAGUGUUAUAAUGCAUAAACAAUGCAUAUAAACAGCUUUUUCUUUGACAAUGUAGCAAUGUAGCUAAGUCCCAAGUUUACAGUUGAAAUGACAUUAGAGAAUCAAGGUUUUUUUUUGCAAGAUCUGCUCUCUGAAACCCAUUUACAGAGAGGUAUAUGGUGUGACCAAAGCAGUUAUUUCAAACUAGCAAGAUGCCCAUCCAGUGACGGAUGGCAUCUAAAGAACCCUGUGGAGGUAUAGUGGAUUUUGGCUUAGAGAGUCUGAGAGUACACCCUAUGGCUUCAAUGUCCAAUAAGGGCUGGGCCACCUGGAAUAAAGAGGAAUGCAGUCAGAUACACUGUUAGGAGAGAUGCUAUACUUGCUGCUUGCUGCUAGUGAUCUUAGCAAUUAAGAAGCAGUCAUACUGAUGACUGAAUGGAGUAACUGUGCCCCUGAAGGACCAGGUGUGCAGCCUAGGAGUCAUUUUGGACUCUCAGCUGUCCAUGAAGGCGCAGGUCAAUUCUGUGUCCAGGGCAGCUGCUUAUCAGCUCCAUCUGGUACACAGGCUGAGACCCUAUCCGCAGACUGUCUCAUCAGAGUGGUGCAUGCUCUAGUUAUCUCCUGCUUGGACUACUGCAAUGCGCUCUAUGUGGGGCUACCUUUGAAGGUGACCUGGAAACUGCAAUUAAUCCAGAAUGCGGCAGCUAGACUGGUGACUGGGAGUGGCCGCCGGGACCACAUAACACCAGUCUCGAAAAACCUACAUUGGCUCCCAGUAUGUUUCCGGGCACAAUUCAAAGUGUUGGUGCUGACCUUUAAAGCUCUAAACGGCCUUGGCCCAGUAUACCUGAAGGAGCGUCUCCAUCCCCAUCAUUCUGCCCGGACACUGAGGUCCAGUGCCCUUACUGUGAAAAGCAAAGUUACAGGGAACCAGGCAGAGGGCCUUCUCAGUAGUGGCACCCACCCUGUGAAACGCCCUCCCACCAGAUGUCAAAGAGAAUAACAACUACCAGACUUUUAGAAGGCAUCUGAAGGCAGCCCUGUUUAGAGAAGCUUUUAAUGUUUUACGGACUAUUGUAUUUUAAUAUUUUGUUGGAAGUUGCCCAGAGUGGCUGGGGAAACCCAGUCAGAUGGGAGGGGUAUAAAUAAUAAAUUAUUAUUAUUAUUAUUAUUAUUAUUACUACUACUACUACUACUGGUCCCGCAAUAAGUGGCAUUUUGGGUACACUUUUCCAUAGAGAGUCAGCAAGAUACUCUCUUUCUUAGGGUAUGCAAGUUAUUGCUUAGAAGUCCCUCAAUUUCUGAUUGAGUACAUUACUUUCUAAAAACUUUUUGAAAAAGUGGCGUGAUGACUUUGGAAUGUCAGCAGAUUGGUGAAAUAUAAAUAUUUUGAUGAUUUCCUCUGAAAUGUCAGCAUCUGUCUCUCUUUUUUCUCAGAUAGAAAUUUGUAAAUCUAUUUCUGUGAUCCUUAAUUUGUAAGGCAAACUAUGUGAACAACAUCGGAAGGGUACGCAAACAUGUGCCAUGCACCCUCAUUUUGAGAUGGUGUUGGCACAACAAACAACUUUCCGUCGUUUUCUGAUUCUGAACGAUCUCUCUAGCACCACCUAGUGCUUUUAUUUCCAAGCAGCGAUAAGCAUUUCUUCAGUUAAUAAUCUGCCUGGAACAGCAGGCAGCCAAAGCCAAACAUUCAAAGAGCCUAUUCCUUUGUUCCUGGUUUAUUUUACUGUGUUUCAUCCAAAGGAGUAAAAUGAUCCUCAUUUGUCCAUUUGGGAGCUAUAUGAGUUUCUCUGAGACCAGCCUACUAGUCUCAAAUAGCACAGUACUAAUUUCUCCUGUGGUUCCUACGGCCCCAGCAAUUAUUCUCCAUCUAGGGAGAAACAAAAUUGGAUCUAAAAACUAUCAUAGAGGAGAAUUUGUGUGUGUGUGAAAUUCUCAUGCGUGGGGUGCAGAGGUUUUGAGGCACUAGACCCAUGUUAUCACAAGUGCCCUUUUAUUAUAUGAAUGCUCUGCAUUCUGCAGCCUUCCUGGGUGCACACACUUCGAGAACAACAUCAUAUAAAUAAUAAAAUUAUUGCUGUUAUUGUUAUUGCUAGUGUGUCCCCCAGCCAUGUAUACUAAUAGGUGAUUGCCAUUUAUCUGCAGGAGGAAUUCAUCAGGUUUUCCUGCUGA